AUGUCUCACGGCUUUUCCAGUCUUAAUGGCCAGGGUCUUGUCCCUACGUUCCCUGGUCUGUCAGCCCGAAGCAUCCCGGAGAAUCCAGAUAUUCAACGUGAAACUCUCCGUUUGCUAGUCCAGUAUUCUAGGGUCUCUUCUUUCCCAGAUGAUCCGUCAACUCCGGCCACCUCUGGCCACACGAGAGACGAGGUCCGAGAUGCCUGGCAGACUCCGCGGACUGAAGUCCAGCCCAGUGAGGCGUCACCUCUCCAAUUAUCACAUCGAUUAACGCGUUCCUCAAGUGGUAGCCAUGCCACUCAACCUUCUCCUUCCCGCUCUGUCAUUCCUUCCUUUGGCAGUCGAAUCCGGGUUUCCCCUCGCACUCCUUCCCGCUCUCCCUCUCGCACUCCUUCCCGACUUGCAUCUCCUCAAUCUGUUUCUGUGUCUAUAUCUUCCUCGCAUGGCAUCUCUCCUACUCAUCGCGAGCGCCAACGGACUCUUAGGGAGAGUGUGGCAAUCUCAAAUGCCAGUAGGAACGAUGAGAUAGUUGCUCCUGUGUCAAAGCAGCACCACUCUUACCCACCAGAAACCAUGUCAUCUGCAUCUAGAUCCACCCACUUGCGAUCAAUAUCGCCGACCGCCGAGCAAAGUUCCAUUCGUCGCUCUAGUCGAAAUAGAGUCCAACCGACCAACUAUUACGCCAACCCUUGGGUCAAUGUUCCCCUUGACUCUGAAGAGCCAGACACAAAUAUCGAAGCUGUUCCGGACACCGUUGCACCUUCCCCACAGGAGCCGUGUCGAAUUUUACCCCGUCGUGCAAAUGUCCAAAAGCUGCUGUACAGCCGUGAGCUUGGAGGCGGAAACCAUCGCCCCAUUGUCACCGAUGUGGUCUCGGAUCUGAGGCCAUGGAAAUCAUGGCAAGGUGCUUCAGGGGAUCUCCUUGUUCUGGCUUGGUCGCCUGAUGGUACUCGGUUUGCUGCUGGCGCUGCAGCCAAAUCAGACGAACACAAUAUGCAGUACAACAAGGCCAACAAUCUUCUUUUAGGUGAUCUUCAGAGCAAUCGUCUAAAGGAAAUACCGGACCAUUGGAUUCCACGGCCAACAUCGUCAACGGUUGAUGACCCACGGCUUUUUAUGAGCGUUAAUAACAUGCAGUGGAUUGGCAACCGACUCUACACUGCCAGUUUUGAUAAAACUGUCAAGAUUUGGGACGUGGAAUCAACCCGCAACGUAUCCUGUACCCAUACCUUGCAGCAUGAGUCUCGAGUGGCAGUGAUGUCCGUGUCGAAAUUCGAUCCGAAUGUAUUGGCUACAGGGACAGAAUCAAUUUUGGUCUGGGACACACGAGAUCCUGAAAAUCUGACAUCCACUAUCCUGCCCCUCGACCGUGAUGCAAGGUAUAAGCCCAACUUUGAGUUUUCAUCAACGGCCUUGGCCUGGGGGCAUGCUCCGUCAACUGAGGAAUUCUUGGCUGGAGGUCUAGCUGAACCAGGGGAGGAUCUAAUAUACAAAGGUCACUUAGGCUUGUGGCGAGCCCGCGAAUCUGCGUUUGAGACUAUCAGAAUGUCUUCCAACUCGCAAAAUGUCUUCGACAUUAAAUGGCACUCUUCAUUGCCAAUAUUUGCAACGGCCAGUCCCGAGGAUCCUCACAACGCACGCAUAAAAGGUAUUGGCAUCACCACGAAAUCAAUCGUGAGGGUGUUUAGCCUCAAUUGUGACCUCCAAAAGCGUGUGCCGUCCGUGAUGGAAUUCUCCUGCCCUGCAUUAGAUGUCAAUGAGAUCAGUUUUUGUCCAAUGGACUCAAACGGCACAUAUGUGACUGCUAGUUGUACGGACGGCAAAACCUAUGUUUGGGAUAAUCGGAAGGGUGAUAGAAUUCUUCAUGAACUCCGUCAUAUGGCCCCCCUGAACCCCAUUGAUCACCAGCGAAGCCGGGAAACGGCGGACGUGGGGGUGAGGGUAGCUCUCUGGGGUUCUUCUAUGGACCAAUUCUAUACCGGUGCCUCCGAUGGUGUCCUUAAGCGAUGGGAUAUCCGCCGGUCUCCUGAAGAUGUUCUCGUUGAGGAUGUUGUAUCCUUCGACGAGGAGAUCAUGUGUGCAGCCUUUACAGAGGAUCAGUCUCAUCUUCUCGUCGGGGGUUCCGGAGGAGGGGUGCACAUCUUAUCGUCGGGACCUUGUUCAGACCCGAACAUAAGAAGUUUCGAGUUCGAACAUGCUCCAGAACCUGAAAAGGCUAGCGAUAGUGGCAUCGUUGCGGGAAACCAGCUCGUCUCAUCCGGCCAGGUUGUGAGGCAUGGAACAUUUGGUAUGGGUCAAGGGCCCUCUUACACGGGGCCUUUUGCCUCGUGGGCUAGGAACAUCAAGCAAGACGUUUCUUCUGACCGAAUUGGGCAGCUCCCUUUGCUCCAAAAAUACCAGAGCCAACAGUUGGAUGGCCCGCCGCCGGAAGACCGUCAUGAACUCGAUUCGAACCAGCGAAGUGAGGUUGAAAGACAGAUCCAACUUGCAGAGAUACGAAAUCGAGGAUUCCAUAAGAGAAAAUGCCAGGAGCAUGAUGAUUCUUCUACGUUCAUCUUCCAGGGCCCCGUAUCUUCCCUUGGCUCUUCCAGGCCGGGGAAGAAGAGAAAGAAAAAAGCCGAAAAAAUCGAAGUAAAAAGGGAAGAAAAUCAAGAGGAGAAUCGAGAUGAGCAAGAGGACCGUGGGGAGAAUGGAGAAGGCAACAAAGAAGUGAAAGCGAAAAAGACAUCUCGGACAAAACGGAAGGCCCGCAAGCUCUCGCGUCGAAUAAUCAGCAAUACCGAGGAUGUUGACCUUACUCUACUGGACUCGGAUACGGAGAUGGGAAUGUUAAACCGACAGCGGUUUGACCUCGAGGAACUACUUGAGGUUUUGGAAGAGGAUAACUGGUUCCCAGCUAGUGGAGAAAUUGACCCAAAUAUCCAAGACGAGAUCGUCUAA